GCCCCCUCCCUGACAGCUCGCCCGCACCCGCUCCGUGCCGCGUGGGUGACAGACGGAGGCGUGGGAGCGGUGUGGAGUGUUCCGGCUGCGGCGCGCCGGAAAGUGCGUGAGUGCAGCUCCCGCGUGUUUCCUUCUGCUUGGCGGACCCUGGGGUCUGGAGGCGGUGAAGUUACGCUCGGGGCGAGGAUGUCCUCGGGGUGUGGGAGAGAGAGAGUCCGGGCGCCUCUGCCGCGGCGGGCCUCUCCCCUCCCUCUUUCCCUGGAGUGUGUUGGGCGAAUCUGUGUCAGGGCGUCCGGAAGGAAAGGGGCCACCCCAGCUACCCAGGUCGGCUGCUGCCCAGCUACCCGGGUCCCCACAGCUUAGGCCGGCGGGGAGCCGGUCAUUUAGUUCAGAGGUAGACUGGCCCCUAGCGGCUUGGUUUAUUUUUAAAUGAACGACCUUCGGAUUCUUCUCCCUGCACCUGGUUCUGUGCAUUCCCCGUGCAAGGUAUGCUGUAUAUAAGUGGAUAUUUUCCAUAAAUGAAAAUGGCUAAUUCUUUAAGAGGAGAAGUACUGAAUCUUUAUAAAAAUCUGCUGUACCUUGGACGAGACUAUCCAAAAGGAGCAGACUAUUUUAAAAGGCGUCUGAAGAAUGUUUUCCUUAAAAACAAAGAUGUGAAGGACCCUGAGAAGAUCAGAGAACUUAUUGCACGGGGUGAAUUUGUAAUGAAAGAGCUAGAAGCCUUAUAUUUCCUUAGGAAAUACAGAGCUAUGAAACAGCGCUAUUAUUCAGAUACCAAAGACACUAACUGAUCAUUACUAUAAUCUCACUAAAACCAGUGCCAGCUGUUUAUGUAUAACAAAUAUAAAAAUAAUUCUAACUUAAAAUGGCAACAUAUACAUGACAUAAAAAAUACUUAAGCUGCCUUAACUGAGCUAAAUAAAGCAGGGUUAAACUUGUAUUUAUUCUUAGUUUUAUCAGCAACACUUUAUGCAAUUUUAUACUAACAUAACAUUGCCAACUACAAAUUAUAGAUUAAUGAGUACCUAAUUUCAAAUGAAAAAGAAUGUACUUAAAACAAUUGUAACUUAAUAGGUUUUUGCCAAUUAUUCUUAGCCCAUUUCUCCAUUUAACUGACAAUGCCAUUUAAUUCACAUGAAACUAGGCAAAAUAAUCUUAUUCAUUUAUUCUCUUAAUUUUUGAAGGAGUACCUUAUUUUUUACCCCAUCUGGUAUAUUAGCAAGGUUCACUACAAAACAAAUAGCGCCUGGUCAUGAUUUUAGUGCAGUUAUGGAAAUAAUACAUAUGAAGAUUACUUCUGAUCUUGAAAUAGCUUGCCAGUAAUUGGCAUUACAUACAUACUUAUUCAAUACCUCCAUUAUUUUGCUUCUAGCUUCCUUUGGAUCUUAAAACAAAUCACCUGUUGUGUAUCAAUUACCUUCUUUGAUAAAAAGUAAUAAAGUUAUUUUUUUGUCAUAAAGGUA